AUGACACACACGGACAUAACAGGCUCGCUCAUAAACGAGUACAGAAUCGUCAAGCUCAUAGGGUCUGGUGCAUACGGGCUCGUGUACCAGGCACAGAACACCGUGACCGGCCAACAGGUGGCUAUCAAAUGUAUCUCCAAGAAGAGCAAUCCAAGUGUGAAGAAACAGAGCGACUACCUCACGACGCUGUUGGCGGAACACCUCUUGGAGAGGGACUUCUCGCUACAGGGUCUUCGCGAAAUGAGUCUAAAGAGACUAAGCAUGGCAGACAACAUACCAUGUCCCUUCGUCAGAGAGAUCAGUAUCCACUUGCAAGUCCACCAGCACCCAAAUGUCAUCUCGAUCCACAAGAUCUUGGACUCUCAAGUUGCGGUCUUUGUCGUGAUGGAUUACUACCCAGAAGGCGAUCUCUUUGUCAACAUUGUCGAUAGACAGGUAUAUGCACGUUCGUCCGGGCUGAUAAAGGAUGUCUUCAUCCAGCUUAUAGACGUCAUCUCGUACUGUCACUCGAAGGGGAUUUACCACUGUGACAUCAAGCCAGAGAAUAUCAUGUGUGCAAAUAAGGGUUCAAAGGUUGUCAUUGGAGAUUUUGGGCUUGCAGUCAAGUCCAAGUACAUUCAGUCAAAGACAUGCAUUGGUUCGAGCUAUUACAUGGCCCCAGAACGUCUGUGUACUAUGAACCAUUCUUUGACAAGAUUGGAAUAUCCUGCUUGCAAGGGAGAUAUCUGGUCUCUAGGAGUGAUCCUCAUCAACUUUUGUUGCACAAGAAACCCUUGGAUGAAAGCAUGCGAGAAGGAUGCAACAUACUCAGCAUUUAAGAAAGAUCCAAAGAUCUUAAUGGAGAUCUUGGACAUCAGCGAGGAACUGUGGAAUAUACUCUGUGACUGUUUCAGAGAAGAGCCAGAGGAACGUAUCUCCCUCUUCGAGCUGCGUGAUCGUGUCUUGAAGUGUAGAUCGUUUACAGUUGCAGGCCCAUUGUCUCGUUGUGACUCAUAUGAACAGGAUAUGGAUGAUGCGCUUGAAUGCGCUGUGCCUGCAAACGAGUCAAGCGUGGGAAGCGAUGGCUCUUUGGAUUUGCCAAUGGAUCACAUUAUAGAAUAUGCUCAAUAUUUGCAAACUCUGUCGUCGGUAAAGAACACCGCAGCAGGGAAUUACACUCAAAACCAAUUUGUUCUGGAUAACAAUAUUAUGGAUAACGUUUCAAUCAUGUCUAACAAGAGCUUCAAUAUGAACUUUGCAUGA